AUGUCCAAUCCAAACAUCAGAGACAAAGACAUCCUCUUGGUUAUAGCAUUAUCUUGUCCCGUAAUAUAUAUUACCACUUCGUUGGUGUUUACAAACUCACAAUUGCCGACACUACUUGUGGUAUUUUUGGGCUGCAACAUGUUUUCGAGAACCAAGUAUUUUACAUCGUUUGUUCAGAAACUAGAACCCCAGGUAUCGAAGCUACUCGAAAAUGACUUCAUACCAACGAUCUUCAAUGGACCAGGCAGUGGGCUGCUCUCUGGCGUGAUAAAUACUGAUGGAUCCACCCAUGCAGGUAACCCCAACCACGCCCAGUAUGAGUCUUUAUCAGAAACUUCUAAGAUCGAACUCAUCUCUGCCGUGAAGUCGCUUCAGGCGUAUUCUGCCAACUCGAAGAGGUCCAAUGAAAGGCAUAAGAAGCUUUUCAAGAUGAUGACCUGGAGACAGCAGAAGCUUUGCGAAGAUGUGGGUUACGUGAAACGGUUGAGCAAGAUCGAUCAGGCUGUAAAUAAGAACCAAACCUUUAUGACCGAGAUUGCAAACCACGCCAUCGAUAAGUACGGGCUCUCAUAUCAGGAUUUCGAAAUCUUGAAAGAUAGCAAGAACAGUAAGAACAAUUCUUCUUCUCUGAACUACAGGGUCGUUGAGGCCCUUGGGCAUUUUGUCAGAGAUUGGACCAAAGAAGGCGAAUUGGAAUUAAAAUUCUUGAUGGACAAUAUCAAGACAGAAUUGGACAGGAUAAUUCCGUCUGACCAGAGGGGAAAGACAUGUGUGGUAAUUCCAGGUUCAGGUUUGGGUAGAAUAGCGCAUGAUAUCGCAAACUUGGGGAAGGAGAGCGGUUCGCAGUUUGCUUCUGUUCAAGCCGUAGAGUACAGUGGCCUCAUGAAUGUGUGCAACUCGUUCAUGUAUAAUACUUAUCAGUCGGCUGAUAGAAAGGGAUCCGACCUUGAGAUCUUCCCAUAUAUUCAUUCGUCGUCAAACAUUGUGAAGAGCUCAUCUCAGUUCAGAUCGUCCAAGAUCGAUCGUCUGAUCUCCAAGCCAGCAAAUCUCCAAAUAAAUCAUGACGAUUUUAGGUACUUCGAAGUCCCCGAUAGCUCCAAGUAUGAGAAUGUAGUGGUGUUAUCUGUGUUCUUCGUAGACACCGCGGAGAACUUGAUUGAAUAUUUGGAUGCCAUCAAGAACAUAACCUGUAAUAAAAAUGUUAAAAGGGGGUACUGGAUCAACUUGGGGCCCUUGAAGUAUGGUAGUGCAGCACAGGCUGAAUUGACUGCUGAGGAGUUGUGUAAGGUCAGACUAGCCAUGGGCUGGAAUGAUUUAAGGUAUGUGAAUACUAUUGAGGACGAUUCUGAUGAGGCUAACAACAGUUUGGUAGGCUACAUCACUGAUACAAAGAGCAUGUGGCAAGGAUACUACGGACUAAGCAUGUGGACAUCCGAAAGGAAGGAGAAUAACCUGUAG